AAGUUAUACGGUGUCAAGCUGGCCAUAACAGAUAGGAUCGUGGCUGCAGCCAUUACAGAGCACGAGCAACGUCAUAGCUGGUCGCGGCUUCGGUAAAGGAAUUUCAGAGGCACGACACGACAGUUGAACGUGGCAUCAAUUUUCGUUCGCAGCUAAUAGCAAAGUGUUCACGAAUUGCGCUCGUUUCUCGUCGCGGAACUUGCAUCUUAUGUCUCUCAGAGUGUGAUCUAUGACGGGUCCAUUGUAAUAACAAGUUAUAGAGAAAAUAUCCUAUGGUUAUCGAGUGCCUGGUCAUGAAUUUCGGAAACUGUAGAAUGCCUGUUGUGUAGGCCGAAAAUAACGUAACGCCACAGGCGCCAUUAUAUUGCGCCACCUGGAUAUCGUUACGAAGAAAUUCCCAUCGAGCACAGAGUUUGGAAAAACUUUUGAAUAACGUUAUUGCUCCAGCCCGCUAAACAGUAUUCUGUCAGGUGAACUAAUGAAUUAAAGAAUCUAACGCAAAACGCAUUGAUCGCGUGCGCGGCAUGUUUAAACGAAAGGGCUUGGACCCGUUACGAUUGUAUUCACUUAACCUCAAUUUUAAAUGAAAAAUGAGUACCUGCAGAGCUGAAAAUAUCAUAUUUUUCUAUUUGCCUUAUGAUGAAAACAUGCAAACACGUUCAUUCUUGAGAGGAGAAAACCUAAACUAGUUUUUGACAAUUUUGUGUGUGUCUACAAGCCAAUAAACUUGUAAUAUUGGAAUGUUCUAUAGCUCUGUACAAAAUUAUAGAAGGAAAAAGAAGUAUCACAGAGAUAAAGUAUAGAAGUAAUGUUACAAAUAGGAUAGAUUAUUCUUUCUGUUAAAGAUCAGGUCAUGAAAGUUUUGUAAAUACAGGCUUGAAAUAUAAUGGAAAGAUCUUAAAUUAUUGAAUCGAAGAUGCAGCACAUUGAAGUUAAUAACAAGGAUCAUAACUAUAGUGAAGUAAAAUUACAUAAUACUUCUAAUAAUAUUAAAAGUGAAGGCGACAGUGAUGUCAAGACGGUGUAUAAAUCGAACAAAUCUGGAUUGCCGACAAGCAAAGAACCGUUCGGUCAAAUUAAGAAUAUAAACGAAUUAAAGAAAAUCACCCCUCGCGUCAAGCUGCUGUCGCACGAUGCGAACAGUCUGAACGAGUUAACUAAGAUCUCUUUGCACAAUAAACAAUCUGCACAAAAGAAGCUGUCGAUAACGGAACGAACGAGGGAGGAAUUAAAAAAGUAUUGUAGGACUUGCGCCGGGUUGAAAGUUCCGCUGGUCGACAUUUUUAGCGAGAAGGGUAAUCAAAUGAGAUUGAGCCAACAAAUUAAACAUCUGGAAGAAAUAAAUCCGUAUGACAGUUUGUCGACCCAGAUGUGUAUGGACUGUAUAUGCGAUUUAAAGAUGAGUUAUAAAUUUUUUAUGCAAAUAAAGAAGGCAGAAGUUAAACUGAAAUCCAUUCACUUUACUCUGGCCGAUACUGCAACGAGGACUGUAGCAGCGAGCAAAGUACAGGCGACGGGAUCUACGGAGAAACAAACCGAAACGAUUGUAAUUCACGACGAUAUAAGUCCGUCUACGAGUAAAGAGAGCGAGAAGCCGACAGCACCGUCGAGCUACGUAUCUACGAGUUGUCCCACGAAGAAAGAGGAAGUUGAACAGAUGUCGAAAAAAGAGAAAACUACAGUGGAACCUCAGAAAUCUAAUGUUAAGGAUGAAAUCGAGAUAUUCGAAGAUAUGGUUAUUAACAUAAGCAGCGAUGAUAAUGACUCGAUUGAAGAAUUCGAUCCAGACGAUCCACCAUUUCAACCUGACAGUUCCGAUGCCGCGGAAUCCGACGAUGAACUCGAAACACCGAACGCCAAACGGCGGCACAUCCAAUCAAAAGAAAACAUGAAACAAUUCGUUUUCUUUUCUGAUAACAAUUUUGUUCUAGACAAGAAAAUUAAUGUUUCGAAUCCAGCUUCGUACAGGUAUGACACUGGCCUGAAAACGUACGUAAAAGUUAACAAAAUGGAUGGCAACGAUUGUUCUGUCGCGUCGCAUGCUACCGCUAAAACCGAAGUUGAGAAUGCGAAAGAAUCAAAACAACCGAACAUAUUGAAACGUCGUUUAUUAUCGCAAUGCAAAAAGGAAUCUACGGAAGAGGUGGAAAAUGAUUCCGACAAGAACUACAAGGAUUUUAAAGUACAAAAAUUAGAUGUAAAUAAUUCGUUAAAUCUUAGUACCAGUCAAGAAAAUGGUAUCAUGUACGUUACUGUAAAAGGCUCAAAACCGAACGAAUUGUUGCUAGUGAAAGUGAAGAAGAUGGACAAGCCAGUAGACAAGAAAGAUGAAAAAUUCAUAGGGAAGAAAGGUUUUGAUAUUACGCCAGUGGAGAAGAUUUUAAAACGAUACGAGUCACUGGCCACGAAGGAGAAAGAUUUAUUUCCAGAGCGAACGAAAAAGGCGGAAAUGAGAGAACAGAUUAUAGAAGAACAAAUAGAAGAAUAUAAAAAGAAACGGGAGAAGGUUUUAGGUGGGCAUAAUUCUAUAUCAGAAUCCUUAAAGCUUGAGGAAUCUCAGAGUCGUUAUUUCAAACGCAAUGAAAGUCAAGAUAAACAAAAACCGAUUACUAAAGUUGACAGCGAUUCGGCUCCUGCUGCCGAGAGCAUGCAGAUUGAUAAAGACGACAGUCAGUUAGACAAUUCGAUUAUCACAAUUGAAAGCGAUGUCUCAGAAUCUGUAGAGUCGGUCAAGGAACUGUCGCCCAAUGACAAAUCCUAUGCGAAUACUGACGAAUAUCUGUCGCGUUUGUCGAAACUUAAAUUGAAAUGGGAAGAAGCCAAAAAGAAGAAGGAGUCUCUUCAAAAGGAGCUAGACGAAUCUUACACCGAAGGGAACAUAGAAAAAUUGGCUAGGAUCUUAGGAGAGAAGGAAAAGAAUCUGCAGGAUUUUCAGGAAUAUUUAAAACAACGUAAAAUCGUGAUUACGAGAUUGAAGAACGAAGAUAUAAUCUCGUUGUACGAGGACAGAAACAAUGCUAUAUUUAAGAAUAAUUUACCCGAUUUAAUAGACGAGAGUCAUCCGUUGGAUUAUAUUCCCGAGGAACAUUAUUUGGAAUGCGAUUAUUGUCCACAGACGUUUGCCUCGAAAGAAGUUCUUGAAGAACAUUUAAAAAGACACGAUUACAAGAUCAUGCACUUCUGUGAAGACUGUAUGGAGGAGUUCCCGACGAAUAAGGCGAAACGAAGUCACAACGUGAUUUGUAUAAAGAAAUUGUUAUGCAGAUACUGCGGUAUAAUGUUGGACUCGAAAGGGAAGAAACGUCAGCACGAACAGAAACAUUACGACAGCAUGUUCGGACAGUUGUGCGACGUUUGUGGUGAGAAAUUCAAACAUCAGAGCACGUUGGAUCAGCACGUGAAGACGCAGCACAUGAGUUGGGAGAAAAUAUAUCAAUGCCCGAAGUGUCCUAAGAAGUUCGCAUUCAAACAGAAGCUCAGCUUUCAUUUGAAAUCUGUCCACACGACGCUGAGAGCAUAUCUGUGCGAGGAUUGCGGGGCCGAUUUUAAGAACCCCGCAAGCCUCAGACACCACAGAAUACGUAAACAUCAACCCGUAGGUAAUAAAAGAGAGUGCCAAGUCUGUCACAAACUGGUACCUUUCUACAGCCUCUCGAAACAUAUGCACACUCACAAGGCGUAUACCAUUCAGUGUCCCCAUUGCGAUAAGAUGUUCAAAAAUAGUUCUACUCUGAAACAGCACGUGAGAAUCCACGAGGACCAACGUCAGUAUCGGUGCGACACUUGCGGAGUUGGUUUCAAUAGAAGGGACGGUUUAAGGCUGCAUAUGAGGGUGCACGAGAAAUCUGAUAGCCGAGGAUUGAAAGAGUGUUCGUGUCAGGUGUGCGGCGAGAAAUUUCCGAAUCAGUCAACGCUGGUUAUACACAGGAAUCGAGUUCACAAGGACGGUAGACAGUACACGUGUCACAUAUGCAACAGGUCGAUGAUCUCCACCAGAUCACUGGAAUGGCAUAUGUCUCAUAUUCACAACGAAUCGCUACCUAGAGAAGAGGUGGACGGGUCGUCCACGGAAAAGAGAAGGGCGUCCUGUCAUCAUUGUAACAAGACGUUCAAGACUGAGAUGAUUCUGAGGACACAUAUCAAGAACACGCACAUGGAGAAAGAUCCCAUGAAGUGUUUAGACUGCGAGCUGACGUUCACUUCCGAAGUCAGAUUGAGACACCACAUGAUGGUCACGCACAACAGACUGGAAGGAACGCUACCGUGUCCGCAUUGCCCGAAGAGGUUUGUGAACCAGCUCAGACUAAAGACUCACAUGAUAUCCCAUUCUGAGGAAAGGCCGUACACCUGUGAGAUUUGCGGUUUCAAUUUAAAGACUAAGAUACAGUUGAUCAAACAUCAUCAGAACCGGCACAGCGACGAAAGACCGUUGCAGUGUAGAUAUUGUCCAUGGCGGUGCAAGCAAGUUAGUGCCCUUGUAUGUCACGAAAGAACACACACCAACGAGCGACCGUACUCUUGUAGCGUAUGUAGGCAACGUUUUAAAUAUUUAGGUGAUAAAAAUAAGCACGAAAGACGACACGAGAGUCUAGGGGGAUCGGGAUUCAAGCGGAUAGUUCUCGGUCGAAACAUAAAAUCAAAAGUGCAACAGGACUCGUCUUGUUCCGAUCAGGAUCAAGAAGCUUCGUCGAAUACCGAGGCUCAAGCUGUCGAAGGCGAAUAUCAAGAAGAAACGAGUGAACAAGCGUUCGAAGAAGAACAGAUAGUCAAGUUCGAGGAACAAGAAAUUGUGAAGUUCGAAGAGCAAGAAAUAGCAGAGGAAUACGAACAAGUAUACGAACAGGAGUAUGAGGAAACGUCUAGGGAGGCAUCGGACGCAGCGGAUGUUAUAAUGAACAUGGAGGAUACCGUUUAUACCGAAGAGGUGACCGCGGAAAGCAUUGAACCUGCAGAAAUUAUUACGGACGAGAUAAUGACGAACGAGAUAUUACAAUCUGGUGCUGUGGUUCAUUUGCAACAAGAGGACGACUCAGGAAAAAUACAAGUGAUACCAGUGAUGCUGUCCUUACCCGAUUUAUCUGAAACGAACACGGAGGUCAAUUUAGCCACGGCAUCCAUUAUGUAUAAUAAUUAAAACUGAUAUCGCAUCUUCUUCUAUCAUCGAUGUAAAAAGAGAAAUAAGAAACGUACAUUUUAACAUUUUGAUUAUAUACUUUCAACAGCAACUGUUUAUUUGGGACACGAAUAUUAUAUGAACGAGAGUAACUACUCAGAUCACAUUCCUCGUAGAUCCGACUUAAACAUAUUCUAAACGUGUAUAUUUCCUUUUCCUAUAUUAUAUACAUGUUCGAUUACACUAGAACAGGCAUUAACAGCUGCAAAGUAUAUUUCUAUGUACACUGUUAUAUUCGUUGGCAUGGAUAUAUCUAUUGAUUAGAUCUAAAUCAGAGUAAAUAUCCUGUUAUUUAUAUAGGAUUAUUGCACUUUUUGUAAAGACAUGAACAAUUUCUGAUUAAAGCUGAACACUAGCAUAAUGUAUGAUUAGCCUAUGCCUGUACUGGAUAAUUAAAAUGAUAUGCCCAAAA